AGGUACAACUGAGUAAUAGCAGCAAUUUCAGAACGCAACUGCUUCGUAAGCAAGUCACCCGAGUCGAGCUUUUCGGUGUUGGCCCAAACUCGCCUGAGAAUUGGACUCAAAGAUCUCACAGACACACCCAAUCCGCCAUGGCCGGCGGAGCCAAGAAAAAGCAUUUCAACAAGUCCAAGUCCAGGUCCAAAGCACCGUCUAACUUUUCUGCUGGAUCGGUGUUCGUCUCUGGGGGUUCCUUGGUUGAUUGGAGCCCCAAUUUGUAUUCUACCCCUAAUUCUAUCCCAGGAAGAAAAAACCCCAAUGGAAAUGCCCGAUCGGGGAAUUCGGGUGCGAGCGGUGCUUCUGGGUCCAGAUAUGGGCCGGGGAAAUACACUGGAAAUGCUUACGGAUACACCUAUCCAGCUGCUACUCCCCAGGAUGGUAUGCAUCCAGAAUCAUAUGUUGGGGGCAGUAAUGGGGAUAAUUAUUUGAAUGCAUCACAGCCAAUUGUUUUAGUUGAUUCCAUGGAGACUCAGAUUGUUGCUUUUGAAGACAAAACACCAUGCUCAAAAACAUUUUGUGAGAAUUUCACUUAUGAUUAUGGUUCAGAUUUGGUAUUAGGUGAUAGCUCAUGCAGAGGAUUGGGGUUCUUUGAUGAAUCUGAGACGGCAUCAGGUGGCAAUGGAACAUCUAAGAAGAAAAUUGAAGAGGAAGAAGGCUCAUGUUUCAAAUUAUCAUCACCUGAGAAGGAUGCAGAUGCUGAUGAAAAUAUCAUUUGCAAGUUGGGUGUUGAGAUGGCUGAAGAAGUGCUUAACACACCCAGUAGCAUUGGAGCAUCCACAAAGAAAAUGGAAGAAGGGGGGUCAUGUUUCAAAUCGUCAUCACUCGAGAAGGACAUGGAUGCUGAGAUGGCUGAAGAAGUGCUUAACACACCCAGUAGCAUUGGAGCAUCCGCAAAGAAAAUGGAAGAAGGGGGGUCAUGUUUCAAAUCGUCAUCACUCGAGAAGGACAUGGAUGCUGAGAUGGCUGAAGAUGUAUUCAGUGGGGCAUUUUCUUCAGAGAAAAAUUCUGGGUUUUUGUCAAUUGGAGGCAUGAAAUUAUACACUCAGGAUAUUUCAGAUCAGGAAAGUGAUGAGGAAAUUGAUGGGGAGUCGCUUGAUGAGGAAAGCUCUGAGUCUCUUGAGCCAGAAGAUUCAGUUAGUUCAUCGGACACAUCAGAUAGUGAUUCAGAUAUUGAUGAAGAGGUUGCAAAGGAUUACUUGGAAGGAAUUGGUGGGAGUGACAAAGUUGUAGAUGUGAAGUGGUUGGUAGAACAGGAUUUGGAUGUCUCAGAUGACGAUGGUUCUUCUAGCAAUGGCUUUGAUGAUACUAUAGAGAAGUUGGGUGGGAUUGCUCUCCAGGAUGCAUCUAGGGACUAUGGUAUGAAGAAGCCACGAUCAAGAAAGAAAGCCACUCCUAAAACAGGAGUUGUUGCAGGUGAUUGGUCAAUGGCUUUGGAUGAUUUUAUGUAUUUAAAGGAUCCCAGAAAAAUUUCUGCAAAAAAGAAGCAUGUUGCUAAGCUUCCACAGUCUUGGCCUUCUGAGGCUCAAAAGAGCAAAAAUUUUGGAAACUUUCCAGGUGCAAAAAAGAAACAUCGUAAAGAAAAGAUUGCUUUGAAGCGUCAGGAGAGAAUGGUGCGCCGUGGUGUUGACCUUAAGGAAAUAAAUUUGAAAUUAAAGCAGAUUGUUUUGGAUGAAGUAGAUAUAUUUUCAUUUCAAGCUAUGCUUCCCAAGGAUUGUUUGCAGGUACAACGACUAGCAUCAAUUUAUGGUUUGUGGAGUAGCUGCAAAGGUUCCCGCAAGAAGAGAUUUGUCACAGUGACACGAACACAAGACACGCACAUGCCAACACCAGGAGAUAAACUUCGCCUAGACCAGAUGAUAGGAGCUACUGAUGAGGAUGCUUCUCGGAGCAAGUCAUCCAAGAGCCAAGUCAGUCAUCAUGGCAGUGGGAAGAAGGGCUCAUCAUAUGCCAUACAGCCUGUGUCAUUUAUCUCAAGUGGCAUUAUGCAAUCUGAAGCUGUUCAGAUGGAAACAGCUGGGUCCAUUGAGGCUGAGAACACCUACCAUGAAAAUAAGGGUGGAGCAAGCUCUACAAAAUUGGGUGCCUUUGAGGUUCACACAAAGGGUUUUGGGUCAAGAAUGAUGGCUAAAAUGGGAUUUGUUGCAGGGCAAGGAUUAGGAAAGGAUGGCCAAGGUAUGGUCAAGCUGAUUGAAGUCACUAAACGGCCUAAAUCACUAGGGCUGGGUGUGGAAUUCUCUUGAACUGAGAAGAACUGAUCUCAAAUAAUUGGAGGUUCCUGAAGGCACGAUGAAUAUCAAAGAAUUGUAGUUUUUGAAACACACAUCAGAACAUUCAGAUCAAAGUGUAUUGAAGGCAUGGUUUGGGAAAAAUUUCAGUAGUGAUUGUCCCAUUGGUUGCAAUCAAAAACUUCCUAAAUCAUCUGAUGCCCAAUAUUAUAUUCCCUGUGGAGGAUAGCAUUUCUUGCUUGCUUUAAUAGCAUUGUAUUAGUUUAACCUUAUGUACUGAUGUCAAAUACCUGGAUAAGAUAUUGACCCCUCUAUGCUUUACGCCUUUACCCUUAAAUCUUCCCAAUUCUUCCAUUUGUUGUUAAUUGUUA